AUGUUCUCUGCUAUCCUCUGUGCCGCACUCUUAUUCACGAAAUGCGCACGCGGGGCUACAUCUGUAUCCUGGGAUGAUAUUGAGGAUAUUAAGAAGAACUUGAAAGAAAGCUUUACCAUCGACGAUAAGAACCGCCCGUAUAGCUUCGAGCUUCAGGACACGGUUGGGGCGUUUUUUUCCUGUGGAAGUUUUUUUUCAAAUUGGAACGCACAUUUGCUCUAUCGCGAUACCCUGAUGCAAGCCAACGUCGUCGACAUCAAAUAUACAAAACAUAACAAUUUAAAGGAGCCUGUAAUCAACAAGCAAUGUCAACCAAUACCCUACAAAUCACAAAAAUCGAAAGCUGAUCUCAUUUCCGUAACGAAGGGCUGGAAGAUCGGGGGAACUUUGGAGGGGGAGAUAGGGGGGUCUGCGGGAAUCCCCAAGGGGAAAUUAACUGUUGCUGGCGAAUAUUCGGAGUCGGUAACAGUUUCGCAGACAGUUACCGAAUUAGAAGAGGCUACCGGCUCCUGUGACCCAGGGCAAGAGUGUUUCAUGGUAGCGCUAAUAUUUUACGCCGAGGUUACGGGCAGAUGCAAGAGAGAGCCGAUAUUGGAUUGCGCCGAAAAGCUGUACACUUGCGACAGAAAGGAAGCCUGGGACAACGACAGGGAUACGGCACAAUACUGGCUCGAUUAUUGCCCUCAAGGCGAUUCUGAAGUCGAUUGCACGGUCAGAUUUCAGAUCUUCGAAAACGAUACGCCAAUGAUCCGGAACAUAGCUUAUUUCAAAGAAAGCGACAGACCCGAUACUAAGCCGCAAUGUUUUUCUCAACCAGGGCCGGAGUAA